AUGGAUACUGAUGGUCAUGCUAAUGCUGACGUGACCACAAAAGAUGGAUGCCACAUCCACCCCGACAACGUCUGCUGCCCCAACGGCGCCGGCGCGUGCCUCUCUGGCAAUGGAUGCUGUGCCGGGCUGGGCUGCGUCCCACUGGACGGGAGUGUCUGUUGUUCUGACGGGUCUCAUUGUCAGCCCGGUCGAGUCUGUGCAGAGUAUCAGGGCGAAGCGGUCUGUUGCGUCGACGAGUCUUGUACGGAAAUCGAACAGAGUGAUGGAACUUCCUCGACCACGAUUGCCAUUACGAACGAGAACGGUACGGUGACGGCGACGGCGACGGCGACAGUAAAAGGAACGGGUGUUGUGGGUUCAGUACCUGCUCUGACGAUGACCACAACAGGAGCGCCGUACUCGAAUAAUACUACCUCCUCCAUCAUCAUCAUCAGCAGCAGCAGCAGCAGCUCUAUCAGCAGUACCGCCAGCGACAGUGAUACGGUCGGUGAAAGUGGCAGUCAAGUCUCGUCAUCAACUUUAGAACCAUCUACUGCUAUUGUAACCGAAACAUUGACUGCCACUGAAUCGGUAGGCGUUUCUGUCGUUUCUGGAUCUGUGUCUGUGCCUGAAUCUGAAAACACAUGUACGAAUACAUACACACCACCACCACCACCACUCCCGCCAACAACCACGUCGACACAAAGUGGAAGCGAAGGUACACCGAGUCUGAGUGUCGUUAUUGUCACGACCCAAGUUUCGGUAUCAGCGACGUACGUUUAUAGUCACACCACGUUGACUUCGGGUACGACGACAAUAACGAGCGUGCAGACCGGGGUGGGUAGCGCAGUGCCAUCAUUCGCUACGGGUUCGGGUGCCUUAAAAACAAAGAAGAAGACGACGAUGAUGGUACAGAAAUCCAUUCUACCGAAACAAGUACCUCAGUGGUUGGGGUCGGCUGGUGUUGCGGUGAUGUUGAUGUUGUUGUUGUUGCAUAUCAUGUGA